AUGGAGCCGCAGCUGGCGAUGGAGAGCCUGGCCGACCUGCACGCCAUGAGCCAUGAGCCGGGCCCGAUGAGCGCCGGCCCGCACCUGCGCGGCUCGGGGGGCCACCGCGGCCCCCACCUGGCCGCCCACCCCGCUCGCCCGCUGGGCCUGGCCGCCCUCCUCGACGGCGCGGACUUCCACCACGCGCAUCCGCACCGGAACCCCGCCGAGCACCCGCUGAGCGGGCCGCUGCCUCCGCAGCUGAGCAUGGCUUGCGAGACCCCUCCCGGGAUGAGCCUGAGCGGCACCUACGCCACGCUGACGCCCCUGCAGCCCAUCUCCGCUGUCUCGGACAAGUUCCCGCACCCCCACCAGCCCCACGCCCCUCCCCAGCGGCUGGCCGGCCAAGGGGGUGGCGGCGGCGGCGGCGGCGGCUUCGCCCUCAUGCGCGGCGACGAGCGAGCUCUGGCCACCUCCAUGAGCAACCUGUACCCGCCCUACCCCAAGGAGGUGGCCGGCAUGGGGCAGAGCCUGUCGCCGCUGUCGGGGCCCGGCCUGGGCGGGCUCCAUCACGCCCAGCAGCAGCAGGGGCUCCCGCACUACGCUCAUCCGGGGCCCGCCGUGCCGGCCGAGAAGAUGCUCACUCCCAGCGGCUUCGAAGCCCACCACCCGGCCCUGCUGGCCCGCCACGCCGACCCGCCCCUGGCGCCCCUGCCCUCGGCCGGCAUGGGGCCUCUGGCCGGCAUCCCGCACCACCCCCAGGCCCCCUUCAGCGCGCCGGGCCCGGGCCCGCUGCGGAGCGCCGCCGGCCAGCCCGGCGCCCCCGCCGCGCAGACCGGCGGCGGCCCCCCGGGGGAGGAGAUCAACACGCGGGAGGUGGCGCAGCGCAUCAGCACCGAGCUCAAGCGCUACAGCAUCCCCCAGGCCAUCUUCGCCCAGCGCGUGCUCUGCCGCUCCCAGGGCACGCUCUCCGACCUGCUGCGCAACCCCAAGCCCUGGAGCAAGCUCAAGUCCGGCCGGGAGACCUUCCGGAGGAUGUGGAAGUGGCUGCAGGAGCCCGAGUUCCAGCGGAUGUCGGCGCUGCGCUUGGCAGCUUGCAAACGGAAAGAGCAAGAAUAUGGGAAGGACAGAGGGAACACUCCCAAAAAGCCAAGGUUGGUCUUUACAGACGUCCAGCGUCGAACUCUGCAUGCAAUAUUCAAGGAGAAUAAGCGCCCUUCCAAAGAACUGCAAAUCACCAUUUCACAGCAGUUAGGAUUGGAGCUGAGCACCGUCAGCAAUUUUUUCAUGAAUGCACGAAGGAGGAGCCUGGACAAAUGGCAGGAUGAGGGCAACUCCAGUUCCAGCAACUUGUCGUUACGUAGGGCGUCCAGCCCUCCAGCUCCCUCCUCGCUGCGCCCGACCCUCCGCUCCAGGGCCUUGCUCUGCCGCCUGCCAGCUGGGUGGGUGGGCGCGGCAGGCUUUGCGCCGCCCGGAGGUUGCUCCGCCCAGCUUCCCGACCCCCCCCCGCACCCACCCCCCCCCCGGCGCCUGCUUCGGGCGGCUUCUCCACCUCCGCGCCUGCCCUUCCGAGCGGCCGGGAGCCCGCCGCGUCCAGGCCUCCCGCUGCAGCCCCUGCAGCCCUGGCGCGCUUCCCGGCCUCGCCGGGGUUCUCUGGGCUCCGGCCUGCGGCUUCUGCAGGCGUCGCUUGGGGGCAUCUUCAGCACUUUUCCCCCAAACACUGACAGGCUGCGGUCCUCCAAGAUCAUGCGUACAUGCCAAAGCUCCGCCGUGGAAUCCAAGAGCACAGUCAGCAUCCUGGACGACAUCGGCAGCAUGUUCGACGACCUCGCGGACCAGCUGGAUGCCAUACGAGCACACCGGAACCUCUUCACCUAUGACAUAACUCAGACUCCAGAGACCUCCUUGGCUGGUAUUGCUGUCGUCCAGCAUGGGUACUCGGCCUACAACGUUGACGUGGGGUGGUGUGAGGGAACCAGCCAUGGUCGGUUGCUGGAGAGGGGGAAUGGUAGUGGGGCCGAGCUGGCCAGCCAGGACUGGACGUUUUCUUGGCCUGCAGCCACCUUGGCCGUGGACCCGCAGCAGGGUCCCCCCGAGAAGCGUCGCGGCAGCAGAGUGGAACCUCCAGCUACAGAGGCAGUCCGCCGGGAAGAGAUGCUGAGCUACUCUGACGUCACCCGAUGCCCGGCUGCCAGUCUGCCCGCCGCUACCCCACGGGGGCUCUCUGCGCAUGCUCCAAGUAGUGCACUCAGCCCCGGCGUGGGGAGGGGUGUGUGCGCAGGCGCGGCACGGCACGGGCGCGCGGGAGGCGGCGGCGGCGGCACGUGCAGCGGCGAAGCGGACUCCGCGGCCCCGCCCG